ACAAGAUAGUCCCUCCACACCGAGGAACCGAGCAUGGCCAGAGAGGGUCCUCGCAUCCGCUCCAAGGAGCGCGCCGCCAGCCUGGUAGCAGCUGCUGCGCCCCGGCAACAGGAACCGCUCGGAGACACCGGGGAUGCCGGGGAGUCGUUGCGAGCGCUGCCGAGAUGGAUGCGGCUGUACCUCUACGGCAUGCACGGCGUGACGCUGGAUGUCCUGCUCUCCUCUCUGCAGGGGGCUUUAACCAACCCGGACGCCAAGUUGGUGGGCUUCUCCUCGCUGUAUCUGUGCGCCAUGCACGCACUGACCCACUUCGCGUUGGAGAAGAUCUACUCCCAGAAGAAGUGCUUCAGAGGUCGGCCCCUGGUGUUCCACCUGGUCUUUUACCCGUCCGUCUACAUCGGACUGCAGAUCCUCAUCGGGAACGUCAACACGCUGACGGAGCGGGUGAGGGUGGUGUCUGCGACGCAGCUGGUGGUCCACUACGUCCUGGCGUUGUAUUUCUCGCAGGUGUUCCACCGGGGGAUGGCGCACCUGCGGUAUCUCCCCGCCUCCCGCUGCGCCGACCUCUGCCAGAGCAUCAGCGGUCCCGACGGUCCUCCGUCGGCCGGACUCCCCGGCUUCGUCCGGUUCCUGUUUUUCGGGAUGCACGGCUUUCUGGACGAGGUGCUCUUCACGUCUCUGUUCAACCUGGUGGAGAAAUCCGACGGGGGCCUCGGGGGCCACACGUCCCUGUGGUCCUUCCUGAUGUACGGCAGCUGCAGCUUUGUGGUGGAGAAGCUCUACUUCCACCUGCACUUCGGCCGAGGCUGGGGGACGUGGCGGCGCCUGCCCAUCUACGUCUGCUUCAUCUACACCUGGGAGUUGUGCUGGGGGCUGGCGCUGAGGCAGUUUGACGCCUGCUCCUGGGAUUACUCUCACUACCCGCACAACUUCAUGGGACUCAUCACCCUCCUGUACCUGCCGGGCUGGGUGCUGCUGAGUCUGUACCAGGACGUGCUGUCCAACGUCCUGCUGAGAAUAAGGCGCACCAGAGACCGAGACUGCGCGAGUGGGGAGAACGGAGAGGUCAACGGACAGCUGGAAUCUAAGAAAAACUAACUCUUAAUCUGAAAGAUGUACCUGACUCCUAAAAGAAUGGAUUUAGAUGUAUCUCAGCGACUUAGAGUAUCACCAAAAAGUUGAUUCGUUUCUGCAAUUCCAUUCUAAACUCGUUUAAUGGCUGACAGGGUAAGACAUUCCAAGUAUUUGUUAGUUUGGGGAAUUAUGGCUUCCAUCUGACAAAUUCCCAAAAUUCACCUUCUCAAAAGCCGAGUCGUUGGCAAACAAGCUGACAGUUCGCCAAGUACUGUAUCAUGGGCAUAAUAAUGGAAAGUUAGGUGGAAGGAAAAAUUGCUUAUAGGUAAUGACACCCUAACUAAGGUUCCCAGAAGAUUUGAAUAUUACAUAAGACAAAAAGAUUUUUUAAUCCUGAAUGCUGGCCUAAAUAAUGAAUGAGGUAAGGCAGCUGACUUAGUUGUCCAGUAGGAGGCCACUGAGCACCUCUACAGGGAGGGAAAGCCAUAAAACUAUUGUUUAAGAAUAGUUUUAAUGUUCACAGAGUGCUUUAUACAAGCAAAUUAAGUCAAAUGUUGAGUGGAACAAAAAAGUGUUGGGGGGGAAAAGGGGGCCAUUGUUAAAGCAGCUUCUUCUGCAGUAAUUCAUGCUCAGGGGGUGAUAUAGUCCAAGUGUCUAUUUCUGUUAAUUUUGAUUAUUUUUCUCUUACGGUUAACAAAAAUAAAAUAUAUUUUUCUCAGAAAGCUUCAAUAUUUCAUUGAGCAAAUAAAGCAUAUUUUUUAGACGGACAUGCUGGCCUACACAAUCAUGGGAAAGACUUGACAGUACAGCUGACUGCCUUUCCACAUAAAGGCUAAGGCACAAAAAAUAAUCGUUAAAGAAGCUGGCUGUUCCCAGAGUGCUCUAUCCAAGCAUAUUAAGGGAAAGUUGAGUGGAAGGAAAAUAUGUGGUGGGGAAAGGCCGUUUCUAAAUGAAAAUUCAGCUUCUCUGAAAAUUCUAUUUUAUAAGAUUAAUUUGAAUAAGGGUUUUUCACAUAUAGGUCGUACGCCCAUGUACUGUACAAUAUAUACACAUCUCCUAUUUUCUGAGAAAUAAACACAAUAAACACAGAAGACUCGUCAUCUUCACGUCGUAAUCGUCAAUAUUAACAGGACACUUGAAAUAUAUCGGAUUCUCUGUAACGAAUCUAUAAAAUGCAUACAUUUCUCUUCAACUGUGUUAGAAACACCCAUUAUUGUCCCACAGUGGGGAAACUCAGAAUUGCUGAAAUAAAUUAACUUUUUAAGGAUACGGGACAUUUUUAACAUGGACCUGUAUAAUAUAUUGAACAUUUUCUAAUCGUUCACUUUUUUGCUCUCCAAUUAAGACCCGUGACUGUUUAAGUAACCUAUUUAAAGUCAAUUAACUUACUGCCAUUUUUAUCUUUGCUGUGGGAAAAAAAGGGGGAUUUUAAUAUUAGAACCUUUUAUAUAAAUAUAUAUAUAUGAUUAAAACUGUAACUGUUCAUUUUAUUAUAGAGUUCAGCUGCAGGCCAGGGUCGGCCCAAAGCAUCAUAGAAAACAAAACUUGUGAUACCCGAUAGUUUCCAUGUUAUGCACUUUAAAUUACAGCAGUGUGAGUGAAUUGUUUUGUUGCUGAAUAAGUUGACAUUUUAAAAGUAGCCUAAAUGUUUUUCCCUACUCCUUUUAUAUGAGGUGAAAUCAGCUAAAAUGCAAAAGUGAAAGAAGAUGGAGAUCAUGACUCAUCCGAUGGUUUCCAUCAUUUACUGAGCCAGAAAUAACUUCGGAAGACAACAAAGUUUCCAAAAGUUAUAGUAUACUUUAUCUCCAGUAGUAACAAUGUAGAAAUAGUGUGUUUUACUUUGAGUUUGUUAACUAUAAUAGUGGUUGGAUUAUAUGUAAAUUGUGUUUUAAUUGGAACAAAGAUGAUUUAAAGGUGUGAUGAUGGGUGAUGGUGGGAAGGCUUUGUUCAGGGCCCCAUACAGCCUUGGCCCGGCUCUGCUGCAGACUUAAUUUAUGUGUUGUGGGUAGUUUUUAGUCACAGAGAGUCAUUCAGCAUGUUAUAACUCCUACACACCUAGCAUGCUAGAACUGUGAUUGAAAAAACUAUAUUAGAUUUUUAUUUUUAUUUUUACACACAAAUAGAAACAGACUAAAUGCUACCUGAUGUUCCAAAUUAAGUAUUCACAGGAUUUAAAUUUAUGUGUGAGAUUCACUUUUUAGAAAUAAUCUCAAUAUUUUCCUCAAACCGCAUAAAGGCAUUAGUUCAGAAUGAAGAAGUUCCAGUAAACUGUGACGAGUCGACAUCUUACCAGGUGAGAUAUUAACCUGGUAAGAUGUCGAAUUAUCGUCUUAAUGUCACUGGAUCAGUAGCCACGAGAAGACAUUAACCCAGACAUAAAUGUAGCAAUGGAGCACCUUGAGCAGAAAUUGGGAACCAAGUGGGGUUAUCCUGUGAAUUUUUCAUGAACCAAACUUUGCUGGAGUGCCUUCCCGUGCAAACAAGAGAUUCAAUUAAACAAAACCUGACUCCUUUACUCAGCUACAGCUGUGGGUCCCAGCAUCCCGGACCCAUUAUAAAGGGAAGAGUUAGACCUGUGGGGUAAGGGGGGGGGGGGGGGCUUAGUAAUGAAAAAUGUAUUCCCUUCUACAACUGAGACAAAAACAUUGGUGUACAUUUGAUGUUUUUUUAAUAAGAAAGUAGCUUUCCUUCCUGUUUAUGAUUUAGCAGAUGCAUUUAGAAGUACAAUUGUCCCAGUUACUCAAAAGUCUUGUCUAAAUUAUUGAAUUUCUUAGAGCACUGAAGCUGGUUUGAUGAUUGGGUCUUCUUUGUUUUGUAACUUUUUUUGGAAAUCUGCUUGUGGUGGACUUGGCAGCGUCACCGAUGUUCUGUAACGCUUCAAAUAUUUACACCAUUUACUGCAUGAGUCGAUGAUUUUGCACAUCCUAAGCAUAUUCCCUGACCGCAUAACUGUUCUGUAGUCAUACUGUAAAUUUGUUUGAGCACUUUUCUUUUUUGAAGAAAGGCCAAAAUGAGCUUGAAAAACACAUGAAAAGUUUGAGCAACGUACAAAAAAAAAAGAAUCUUACCAACAGCAUGCACUGUCUUAAAUAUUUUUUAUUAAAUCUGAAAAACUUCCUGUUGCAACAUGUGCUUAUUGACUUUAUUAUUAAAAAUCUGUUGUCAUCA